AUGGAUAAGAUAAUGUUAUUUGUAGUUUUUAACGGAAGAUGGAAUGCAAACAACAAAUAUAUUGAUCAUGAAGUGAAAAUAUUGAUGGUGGAAAAGGAUAUCAAGUACGUGGAAUUGGUAAACAAGAUAUACAAAGAGCUCAGAUUGAAUGAAAGAUUGAUUUCAACAAACUUGAUUUUUGAUGCAAAUAUGGAUACAAGCAAAGGAAUGAAGAUAGAAAGUGCUGAGAAUUUACAAGUUUAUCUAAACUUGAAUAAGACUGUGGAAGAGUUGAAAAAAUGUCCUCUCAUCAUUGAAGUAGAACAGAGAAAUCAAACCAUUUCUUUGCCAAGAGAAGCUAGCAUUCCAUCUGCUUUAGCAAGCAAUGCAACAAGUCACAGUUUGACUCUCACAGACCCCAAUACGAAUACUGCAAGCACUAGCAAGAUGAAGAGCGCCUCAACACAAGAAUCCAACAAAAUUACAGAACAUGGGCAAGAAGCUCAAUCACCUCUGCAUGUGCUGCCGAAUAUGGAGAUUGAAGACAUAAGAGUCAAUUAUGUUUUCAAGAAUAAGACUGAUCUAAAACAUACACUUGCGAAAAUAGCCAUCAAGAAACACUUUCAGUAUAGAAUUGAAAAAUCAUGUUCAGAAGCAUUUUGGGCAAAAUGCAUAGAUGAGAAUUGUGGCUGGUAUGUACGUGCAAGAAGCUCAAAAGUAUUAGACUACUUUCGAGUUAUCAAAUACCAUAAACACCACACAUGCUCCUUAAAUCACAGAAAUUUUGAAAAUAGACAAGCAAGUGCAAAAGUCAUCAGUAGUUACUUCAAAGAGAAGUUUCGUGACCCAGGAUCAACCUAUCGACCAAGGCAAAUAAUACGAGACAUGAGAGAUGAACAUGGGGUAGGUGUAACGUACAAUAAAGCAUGGAGAGCAAAAACACUUGCAGCUGAUGAUGUUAGAGAGUCAAAUGAGGAAAGUUAUGCAUUGUUGCCUUCAUAUUUGUUUAAAUACAUGUUUAUUACUUUUGGUGCUUCAUUGGAUGGAUGGAAGCAAUGUAGACCAGUUAUAGUGGUAGAUGGAACAUUUUUAAAAACGAAAUGUGGAGGUACACUGUAUGCAGCUUGUGUUAAAGAUGGAAACAAUCAAAUUUUUCCGCUCGCCUUUGGAAUUGGGGAUUCAGAAAAUGACAAUGCAUGGAUAUGGUUCUUUACAAGACUAAAAGAAGCAAUAGGAGAUCGAGAAAACUUGUGCAUAGUAUCUGACAGGCAUAAAAGCAUCAAAAAUGCAGUUGAACAAGUGUAUCCUGGUGUAUAUCAUGGAGUUUGUCUUUAUCAUUUGAAGCAAAAUCUAAGGACUAAGUUUAGGGGAUUACAUGUGCAUGCCAUAUUUGAAACUGCUUCAAGAGCGUACUCAGCUCAAGAAUAUUAUUCUGCCAUGGCUGAAUUACAGAAAAUUAGCCCUGAAAUGACCACUUAUCUUUUGGAAGCAAAACCAUAA